AUGUCUUCAUCUAGCAGGGGAAGCCGGGCACUACGAUCCGUGCUAUCAUCUUCCUCCUCCAGCAUCUGCUCCCGCUGCGCUGCCACAAGGGUCGCACCCGUACGCUUCUACUCUGCCGCCACCGUCUCCGAAACUGCCGCCGCGAGCGCCCCCUCCCCCAUCUCCUCACAACCCGCCCCCGGCGCCUACGACAUCCGCUCCGGGCUGAUCCUCACCCGGCCGCCGCUGCUCACCCGUCCCCUGCACCCCUUCGAGAGCGCCUUCUUCUUCUACCAGAAGCGGCUCGAGGAGCGGCUCGCCUCGCCUUUCAUCCCCUCCAUCUACUACAAGCCCGACACGCCGCGGCGCCUCGACUGGGACCUCAAGGUGCGCGAGCGCGGCGGCACCGCCGCCAAGGAGCUCGGCGAGUACCGCGGCCGCGGCAACGCGGCCACCGCUUGGGACGACGAGCUGCUGGUUGGGGACGCGCUGAGCGCGCCGGAGACGGCGACGGCGAGCCUGCUGAAGGACGCGCAGGCGCGCGUCAGCGACGAUGCCGAGGUGAUCAAGGCGGAGGACCUGGUGGAGGCGCCGGCGCCGGCGCCGCGGGAGACGGAGGCGGACAGGAAGGGGGACGUGAGGCGUCUGGACAGGAAGCUGGAUCGCACGCUGUACUUGGUCGUCAAGGGCAAGGACGGCUGGGGCUUCCCGGCCGACGUCCUGGCCGAGUCUGAGAACCUCCACGUGGCCGCGCGGCGAGUCCUCGACCAGGCCGCUGGUGUCAACAUGAACACCUGGAUUGUCGGCCGCGUCCCCGUCGCGCACCUCGUCGACGCGCCCGCGCUCGCCGCCGACGGCGCCGUCCAGGAGAAGGGUCGCAAGACCUUUUUCCUCCGCGGCCGCAUCAUGGCCGGCCAGGCCGACCUCCGCGGCAACUCGCUCGGCUACACCGACUUCAAGUGGCUGACGCGCGAAGAGCUCGAGGAGGAGCUGCCCGGGACGUACUUUCGCGGCGUGCGCAACAUGCUGUCGGAUCGGUAG